CCCGGGGACAGGGAGUCAUGCGCGGCCUCUCUGGGCGCUCGGCGCUGCGGGGGCUGCUGUGCGGCGCGCGGGCCGCGGGCCCCAGGCUGCUCGCGUGCUCCAGCUCUGGAGGACCCUCCUGGGCCCGGGAGCGGACCCUGGUUGCAGUGAAGCCAGAUGGGGUGCAGCGGCGGCUUGUCGGGGAUGUGAUCCAGCGCUUUGAGAGGAGGGGCUUCAAGCUGGUGGGGAUGAAGAUGCUGCAGGCGCCAGAGCGCAUCCUUGCUGCGCACUACCAUGACCUGCAGAGGAAGCCCUUCUAUCCAGCCCUCAUCAGCUACAUGAGCUCCGGCCCGGUGGUGGCCAUGGUCUGGGAAGGCCCCAAUGUGGUCUGCACCUCUAGGGCCAUGAUAGGACACACCAACUCAGCUGAGGCUGCCCCUGGCACCAUCCGGGGAGACUUCAGCAUCCACAUCAGCAGGAACGUCAUCCAUGCCAGCGACUCUGUGGAGGGGGCCCAGAGGGAGAUCCAGCUGUGGUUCCAGAGCAGUGAGCUGGUGGACUGGGCAGACGAAGGGCACCACAGCAGCAUCUAACCAGCCUGAGCACUCAGGCUGCCCUCGGUCACCCCAGCAUCCACCCAGGACCAACUACCUCUGUCCACGAGACCUUGAGCCCACAUCCAUGCUCUGCCCAUCUGUUCCCGAACACUUGCCUGUCCACUUUCUGCCCCACCCCAGCCCAGAGGGGUUGAGCCACCAACUUUAUGUGCCUUUUAGUAUCAUCCUAAGCCAGCAAGAGAUUGGGCCAAAUCCUUUCUAUACCAAAGUGCCAGAUAAGCUUUGGGGUGUCUCCAAAAGCUGGUAAUGUGACCUCCCUUCCCCCAAAGUGGGGACAUUAAAAUUCACUGUGCUGUG